GAAGAGGAGGAGAGGCCAAAAAGAGCUGAAAUUGGUUUUAAUUACGGUACAACUGAUCUUGGUCGUAAUGGUGAUGCCAAGGAUGCGGGAGGUGAUGAUAGCGAUAGCGAAUCCGAGCCUUUCGAACCUCCUCCUGGUAUAAAGUUACCACUGGGACUGGCUUUGCCCGAUAAUCAAAAACAAAAUCACAUUAUUGAGAGGACGGCACUAUUCGUGGUCACAAAGGGACCGCAAAUGGAAAUUGUGAUUAAAGCCAAACAGAGAAAUAAUACCGAACAGUUUGGUUUCUUGGAGUUCGAUCAUGUUCUGCAUCCCUAUUACAAAUACCUGUCAAAGCUUAUCCGUGAAAAGAAAUACACUCCUGAUCUCUCCAAACGUACAAAGGACGCCUGUAGUAAAGAAAAGACCUCGGAACCUUCCACUACUGAAACUAAUGUUGGAAAGAAGUCAAAUGCACUCACUGCGCUUGCUGAAGAAGGUGACAGCGAUUCUGACUCUGACUAUGAGCUUCAUCCAUCUCUUUUGUCGGGCAGUCGUAAACGCAGUCGUAGCCCCGAUGUCAUCGAUACUGCGCAUAACGCAGCUGGACCAAGGCGACGUCCUGCAUCCCCAUCACCACCACCAGUGACUGCUCAUCGCAUUGACUAUGAUAUGAGCAAAAGUAACGACAUAUAUGCAUCUCUAUUCAAGAGUUUGAAAAAAGUAUCUUGUGAACGAGAGGAAGCCGAAAAACGGAAGAAAGAGCAGCAGGAGAUUAAGCAACACAUAAUCGCUUUACGUUUUGAACCAAAACUUUCAAGCUCUGCUCCACCCCCUCCUGAUGAGGAGUAUCGUGCUUGGUGGUUGUCUUUCUAUGGCACAACAUGUCCAUACUCAAGCCCGCAGCCAAUGGUACCACCACCACCUGAUCUCCAGCCGGUAAUCGCUAGCUAUGCGGAAUUUGUGGCUCGUCAUGGUGCUGAUGCAGAGUUGGAGCUGAGAGAUCGUGUCGAUCUUCAGCUGCAUUUCAUGCAUCCCAACAGUCACCAUUUUUCUUAUUAUCAGCAUCUUGUGCGCUUGUGUCAGUGGGAACUUUCACAAAAGGCGAUGGAAGAAUCUCCAGCACUGGAACAGGCCGAUGGAGGUGAAGGAGAAGUUGGUGCUGAAGGUGGGAGAGCCUCUGCUUCAGAAGGUGCUGCUGAUGUUCCUGCUCCUGCCCUGGACGCUCUCAGUAUUGCCGAGUCUAGAGCACAGGCAUUAAAUAGGAAGCAGCGAAGACGAUUACAAGACGCAUUUCGCGUACCCGUGGCUCAGCCCGUUGGUAUUGUGGACCCAGUUGCUGCUGUUUCUUUGACGGAAGCGAGUAGUAUACCUAAAGUGAGUUCCUCCCCAGCCAUGUUGACGUCUGUAUCCCAACCUUGCCUUCAUAUCGAGGGAGCAGCUGCGGAUGAAACCGCUAGCGCUUCCAGCAGUGCCUUUACGAUAGCACAAAAACCUUUUCCUGUCUCAUUUUCGUUGGCACCGGUUGUAACAGCCAAAGAUGAGAUUCCGGGAGCAGCACCAAGCUUGGCUGUGAUCGAGGAAUCUGGUAGCCCAGCUCUAGUUGAUCCUCGCACGCUUUCUCCACUCUCUAUUCCUCCUCAACAACCAACCACCUCAAAUGUUGGACUUAUCCUACCUCCUCCAGUUCCUCCCAACAUUCCUAGCAAUACUCAACUAGAUAGAAAGGAAAAGGCACGUAUAUUUAUGGAACGUCUUUUGAAUGAAAAGCGCGUGAAGAAGCUGAAGGAGCAAGAAGAAGCACGAAUCAGGGAAUUGGAGGCUCAGAAAGCUGAGAUAGAACGGGUGUGUUACAUCUGGAAAGGCUUCUUGCAGCAAUUAGCUGAAGAAGAAACCAAACGGAAGAAAACUUCUCUCGAAAUGGUAGACAAGCUUAUCAAUCGUCGCAUUGGAGCUCUUCUCGGCACAGGAACACAAUCAAAGAAAACAGAAGAAAAAGAAAAACCAAAGUUGCCUCCUCGCCUGAGCGAUGAUGAAGCCCAAAAAGAUCGGGAUGAUAUGCGUAAGAAGCGAAAGAAGGAGAAGUCAAAGAAGCAUAAACACAAGAAGUCCCGCAGCCGUUCACGAGAUCGAAGUAAAGAUCGUGAACGACGAAGACGGCGGCGAUCUAGUGACUCUAGUGGUAGCGAUAGGUUCGUGCAUUUGUUUGAAAUAUCUUCCUCAGGGAUUCGUCUAGAAAGCGGCGAAAGGAAAGAAGAUAGUGGAAAUUUUGAUUGUUAUUAUAUUCGGGAUUGAAC